AUGAAGUUUUCACAGCAUUUUUGGAGCAUCGUGGCCGUGGGCCAUGAAAAUUUGCAUUGGCAGCUACCAGUUUUACAUCGCUGUGCUAGAACGUUAUUUGGUAAUUCAGAAAUCUGCAAUUUUUCUGGAUUUGAUGUCCUUUGCCAACGAAUGAAAGAAGGUAGGAAAGUGUGUAAAGACUAUGCAGAUUUCCUACGACAAAGGGCUCAAGUCCAAGAAUUAUAUGGAAAAGCUCUUAUAAAGUUAUCCAAGUCAUUAGGAGGAAAAGAAGAAAUUGGCUCUCUCAGACAGUCGUGGGAAGUUAUGAGAACUGAAACAGAAAAUAUUGGUAAACAACAUGUAAUGACUGCAGGAAGUUUGACAGAAGAGGCCAAUAAAAUAGCAGAUUUAAUGGAGAAACAGAAAAUGCAAAGAAAACAUGCUGAAGACCAGUUAAGAAGGACACAAAUGAUUAUGAAGAAUGCAAUGAAGAAAGUGUUGGAGUCUAAGAAAACUUAUUACACACGAUGCAAAGAAAAGGAAGUUAUAGAAGAGACUUUACAAUCUGUGGGACAAAAUAUACAGUGUAAAGAAUAUGAAAAGUUGACUCAGAAACAUAAUAGAAUAGAACAAAUUAUAGAAAAUUUAAAUUUGACAUAUAGUUCAUCUUUAGAAUCUCUUGAAGAAAUUCAUCAGCUUUGGGAAAACGAAAUGUAUUCUACAUGUGAGUGUUUUCAAAAAUUAGAAGAAGAAAGAAUUGAUGCACUAAGAAAUUCCAUGUGGAUAUUAACAAAUAUAAGUUCUUUACAAUGUGUAAAUGAAGAUGAUAUGAAUGAAGAAAUUCGUAAAACAUUAGAAAACUGCUCUAUAGAAAAUGAUAUAGAACUCUUCAUACAGCUUCGUAGAACUGGAACUGAAAAGCCAGGCCAUCGCACAUUAACAAAUCUUCGCAAAUCUAAUUGUUGUACUGAUAUUUCACAAAAACUAAAAGAUGAGACAGAAGUAUCAUUAAAAAAAGGUGAAAUUGUAAGAGUGAUUAAUGCUUGUGAUCCAGAUUGGUGGCAAAUUGAAACAAAAGACAAUAGGAUAGGAUAUUUUCCAGUUAUAUACAUGGAAAUAAUAGAUUCAGAAUAA